UUGUAUUUUUAAUACAUCAUCUGUCUCCUCCUUCGUCUUCUUCCUCCGUCCAUCUCUCGCCGCUUCCUCCUUAUCGGAAUCUUUCGCUCAUUAUGCUCAGAAGCCUCCUCCAUUACCAUAUCCCUAUCGCUUCACUUCUCCUUCCAACGAUUCUCUCUCCGAUUAUUAUUGCCAUCGUUUUCGUUAACUGAUUGCCACCAAGCUUGUGUGAUUUGUUUGAAUUUGGAUCGUUGUUCUGAAAAUUGGGUUCAGUUUCUUUUGUUACUGUGUAUUCAAAGAUGGCAGCUUUGAAAGGUUAUGGCUUGUGUUCUAUGGACUCUGUUCUACACUUCCCCUGCCCAAGGCCACCAUUUGAGGCCUACAAGAGAAGAAGCUCAAGAUGGGUCUCUCCAAAAGCAGCUGUUGUACCAAACUUCCACCUCCCUAUGCGCAGCUUGGAGGUUAAAAACAGGACAAACACUGACGACAUAAAAGCGUUAAGGGUAAUCACAGCCAUCAAAACCCCCUACCUCCCCGACGGAAGAUUCGACCUCGAAGCCUACGACGACUUAGUCAACAUCCAGAUUCAAAACGGCGUCGAAGGCGUCAUCGUCGGCGGCACGACCGGCGAAGGCCAGCUGAUGAGCUGGGACGAGCACAUCAUGCUCAUAGGACACACGGUCAACUGUUUCGGAGGAAGCAUCAAAGUUAUCGGAAACACGGGAAGCAACUCAACAAGAGAAGCCAUCCACGCGACGGAGCAAGGGUUCGCCGUCGGGAUGCACGCUGCUCUCCACAUCAACCCUUACUACGGGAAGACUUCUAUGGACGGGAUAAUAGCGCAUUUUCAGUCCGUUAUGCACAUGGGACCGACGAUUAUAUACAAUGUCCCUGGUCGAACGGGGCAGGACAUACCGCCUAGCGCGAUCUUGAAGCUUUCUAGGAGUUCUAAUUUAGCUGGUGUGAAGGAGUGCGUUGGGAACAAGAGGGUUGAGGAGUAUACUGAGAGAGGGAUCGUUGUGUGGAGUGGGAAUGACGAUGAGUGUCAUGAUUCGAGGUGGGACUAUGGAGCGAGGGGAGUUAUAUCGGUUACUAGUAACUUGGUUCCUGGUUUGAUGAGGAAACUGAUGUUUGAAGGUAGGAACUCGGAUUUGAACUCGAAGCUUUUGCCUUUGAUGGGUUGGUUGUUCCAGGAACCGAACCCCAUUGGGCUAAACACUGCUUUGGCCCAGCUUGGAGUUGCCAGGCCGGUGUUUAGGUUGCCGUAUGUUCCGUUGCCUUUGGCUAAGAGGGUUGAGUUUGUGAAGAUGGUCGAGGAGAUUGGACGUGAGCAUUUUGUGGGCGAGAGAGAUGUUCAGGUGCUUGAUGAUGAUGAUUUUAUCCUUAUCGGUCGAUAUUAAGCAUAAUAUACUUUUUUUUUGAGUUUUGGGUUUACUUUGUUUGGUGUUUAAAGAAAGAAGAGAUGGUUUGGUUUAUGUGGUUGGGGGAUGGAACUCAUUCAUCAUAUUGCUUGUUAAGUACUUAUGAUUUGCUUUUACUCGUUUUUAAACUGUU